AUGGCGGGCAAGGCGGACAAGCGCGCGCUGUACGUGGGCGGGCUGGACAAGCAGGUGACGGAACAGGGUCUGUACACGGCCUUCGUGCCAUUCGGGCCCAUCAAGGGCGUGCAGAUCCCCAUGGACUACUCCACGCAAAGGAGCAAAGGCUUCGGCUUCGUGGAGUUCGAGGAUGAGGCCGACGCCAGAGCAGCAAUUGACAAUAUGGAUGAGUCGGAGCUUUUCGGGAAGACGCUGCGCGUCUCCAUCGCGAAGCCGGACCGACCGAAACUCGGCUCAAACAAGCCAGUGUGGGCGGAAGCGGACGAAGCAAUGGACUCUGCGGACACCACCACCCAGGAUAGCAGCGAACCGCAGGCAUAG